CGAUUAUCUUUUAACAAAAUUAUCUUUAAUGAGAAAUUAAUCGCUAGCCAUUAUUUAAAUGUCAAAUCCAACAAAUAUAAAAGGAGUUGUCACACUGCAACCUGGGUUCUUUUGUGUGUAAACGUGAGAGUCGAAAAACCAUGGGGGAAUUGCCUUGGAUUUGGAUAGUUUGUUCCAUAUCCCUAGUAAUGGGAUCUUAUUUCGAUUUUAUUGUGGAUAAUGAUGAAAUUUUCGAAAAGUGUCCAGAUCGACCAGAGGCAAUGGGAAUCCAUGACAUUGUUGAUUUAUCGGAAUUUAUAAUUGAAUUCAAAGAGGGCUAUGUUAGCGGCAGGGGCCAAAUGACAAUGCAUUGGAAGGGUGUGGAAGCCACGGAUCGUGUUUAUGGCUACUCUGAGCUCUUCAAAUUUCAACGUGGCACUUGGCAGCCAACAACCGUACUGGUACAUGAGUUUAACUUCUGUAAGCGACAAUUUGAUGCCACCACAAUAUGGUAUAAUGUCUGGAGUCGUCACAUACGCCGGGAGGACCAGAAAUGCAUAAAUAAUUAUGAACAUGUCUACCAUUAUGAACCAUUUGAUGUGGAGACUGUAAGCUAUUUUCCCACCAACAUGGAGGGGCUUCAUAAAAUCGUCAUCCAUCUGGAUGCCUAUGACAAGUUUAAUGUUCGACGUGCCAAUGCUGAAGUGUGUUUUCAAAUUUCUGGUGAAUUUAUUAAAGUGAAAUAAGGUUUCAGUGGAAAUAAAUAAUUUAAUCUG